UGCUAGCGCCGGAAGUUGGCAACGACACAGCUUCAAACCGGGUUUUCUUUGGAAUCGCGGUGAGAAAAGUUUCUCUGUGCUGCGUAGGGACUAACAAUGGACACCCAGAAGGACGUUCAGCCACCAAAGCAGCAGCCAAUGAUAUAUAUCUGUGGAGAAUGUCACACAGAAAAUGAAAUAAAAUCCAGGGAUCCGAUCAGAUGCAGAGAAUGUGGAUACAGAAUAAUGUACAAGAAAAGGACUAAAAGAUUGGUGGUUUUUGAUGCCAGAUGAAACCUGUGAAUUCAGAGGAUCGUCUUCAUUUGUAUUUGCCCCAUUAAUGUUUCUCAUUAUUGUAUAACUUUUGGUUAAAAAUACAGUAAUACUCCCCACUUACCCUCAGGGGAUAUGUUCCAAGAUCCCCAGUGGAUACCUGAAACCUCAAAUAGUACCAAACCCUACAUAUGCUGUGUUUUUUCUAUAUGUAUGUACCUAUGGUAAAAUUUAAUUUAUAAAUUAAGCACAGUAAGAGAUUAACAACAAUAAUAAAAUAGAACAAUUAUAACAAUAUACUGUAAUAAAGUUAUGUGAACGUGACUGAUUUCUGUCAAAAUAUGGUAUUAUACUGUACCCACCUAUUCGGGAACUGUGAUUGAUCAUCAGUAACUGAAACUACAGAAAAUGAAACUGGAUAAGGGGGGACUGCUGUACUUAUGAAUACAACUAUAUACAUAUUUUGUUUUUAAAACCAUAUUGUAUUUACGUAUCAAUAUUUUGUAUAAAGAAAGUUUUUGUUCAAUUACAUGAUUUUUAAUUUUAUUGUAUAUGUAAUCUGACACACAAUAAAGGUUAAAAGUGCUUCCC